GAUCACGCAAGGGAAGCCGACGAGCGACGAGGGUAUAUCUCUGACGCUAUUCUCAAUUCCCAAAAUGGCUUCCACGCUCUUUUAUUCCACCCUCGCUACUCCCACCAGAGCUUCCUUCGUCUUCGCAUCUUCGCUGCGUCGGCAUCGCCGUCUUCCUCUGCUUGGCGCGUUCUGCAUCUUCAGCUUCGGCAUCUCUUCCCCUCUGCAUUCCUCCGCCUCCAAAACGGGGUGUGCUCAAUCUCUCCCCAUUUUCCCUUUCUUACAAUUAAGGUUCCGUGGGCACUCCGCUGCCACUAGCGUUGGUACCAAGGCGAUGGAAGAAAAAACCGCUACUGUUCCCAGCAUUGUUGUCUAUGUCACUGUUCCCAGCAAAGACGCAGGCAAGAAGCUGGCCGAAAGCAUCGUGAGAGAGAGACUUGCAGCUUGUGUAAAUAGGGUUCCGGGUGUCGAAUCAGUGUAUGAAUGGAAAGGAGAGAUCCAAGCUGAUUCGGAGGAACUUCUUAUAAUCAAGACCAGGGAGUCUCUUUUGGAAGCACUGACGGAGCAUGUCAAAGCAAACCACGAAUAUGAAGUGCCAGAAGUGAUCUCUCUACCCAUCACCGGGGGCAAUCUUAAAUACCUAGAAUGGAUUAAAGACAGUACAAGGGAGUGACUGCCAAAUUUAGCCAUAGGUUUGUCGAUUUGAUCACAGGAGCCACCCUUGUCUGCAAAAAUAAGCUAGCAUGUUUCACCAAAAGAAGAAGAAGAAAGAAAUAAAGGUUCGCAUGUCGUCCGUUCAACUUUGUGAUGAGAAUUGAGCACUGUCAAUUUAUGAUAAGGUGGGAUCGAUGUACUAUACGGAAUACUGCUGGUUGUUACUAGUCUCUAGACUGAAUGUUUUAUUAUGAGUAGACAUUUCGUGAUUUCACGUCA